AUGCUCUUUAAUAAAUAUAAGAAAAAGUUUACAAAUACCAAACGGAGGUACUGCGACGUGCCCGGAAUUGACUUCCAAAAGGGGAGUAAAAUAUUCAACCUGUUUGCAGACGAGGAAUCGUUAAGAAAUCUGAUUUUAAAAAAUUAUUUUAAGAUCAUUUUAGAAAAAGUUUUUGAAAAUUUCCAGAAAAAGAACUACAUCUUCGAAGUGUUUAUCCAUGUGGACAUUUUAAAAUUAGUAGACUCCACCAACUAUGCGGGCUGCUACAUCACGAAAAACUUCAUCGCGUUUACCAACGCGUUUAACGAAAUUUCUUACUCCCUGUUGUCCCAAUUUGAGGAGCGUCUUAAGAGUUUAAAACCCGAAGACGACAUGGUGGAAUACCUGAACAUUAUUAUAAGCUGCAAAUUUAUUUUCAUCACCCUUAUUCCGAUAAACACCCCCAUAAAGACCGAUUGUAUCCUUAAUCUAGCGAAUGUGAAUAACCUGGGGAGUAAAUUUUACCACGUGAUUGAACUGAUUAAUGCGACACUGAUGAGCAAAGAUAAGAAGAGUUUUUUGUAUAAAAAGCUUUACAUGAGGGUAUGCAACUGUGCAAAGAAGUAUUUGCCGCAUCAGAAUAUAAUUGUGAAAAUGAAUGAGCUCGGGGAAAUGGACAACAACAAGGCCGAUAAGGAAGUGUGUGAAUUGUGUUACACCAAGCAAUACGAAGAAAUGACCCAAAAGAGGCAGUUCAAGAAUUUUUACCUCUUGAAGUUUUCCUUCACCCGGGCGAUGGAUGAAUACAGCAGCAGGGAUGAAUGCACAACGUUUGAAGUUCUAUACCAGGACGUAUUGGAGAAGAAUGAGACGUUUGAAAUUGGGACGAAGUACAAUUUGAUAGUUGUGUCAAUACCUAACCAGCCAAAUAAGAACAGCAUUAAGGGGUCGCGCGUCGGGAACCUUUGGCUCCUAAAUUAUAGGAAGGACAAAACGAAAAAGCUCGAAUGCAGAUCGCUGCCGGUGAGAGAAGACACAAACCUGAUGUUGUCUACCGAAAGGUUCAACUGUUUGCUGCAAGUCCAAAAUUUAGAAGAUAUGAACAAAAUAAUAAGCGACAUCCUGAAGCUUCCUCCCAACAAUUCCUGCUUGAGCAAAAUUUGCAGAACGACAAAGCUAACCCUAAUUCUGAUUAGCAUAUGCAGCAACGUCCUGAGGUAUGCUAAGUUGGACACGUUCGCACACGACUUGUAUAACAAGCUACACACGAACAAGUGGGUUGGCGGGGACGCCUCACGGCAUGUCCUAACGGGAGUGAGAGCCCCGCACUGCUUCUUCAUUUGCCUAGAUGAAGUAAUAAUGGAGAACGUGGUUAAAUUUUGCAAUUAUUUUUGUAACAUAAAAAUUCUGCAUGUUAAGGCAGACGCCUUUAACAUUUUGUUUACGCAAAAGUACGACAUCCUGGUGAUCAACAUAAAUAAUUUGAACAGCGUCCAAAUUAGCAUGUUGGUGGAAUUGAUGAAAAACGGCGUGUACAGGUGGAAGAAGGCGCUGUUCCCGGUGUCCACCACGUUUUGGGUUUACGCAGUGAAGUCCUACAUACGGAGCGAGCAGGAAUUCAACACCUAUAUUAAGGGGAACCUCCUGGCACGAUUCGACUUCCUAUUCGAACUGAGCUUUGAUGAUGAAGACGACAUUAUCGACGAGGUGUUAAGAAGCACAGAUGAAGGUGGAAAGGAAAAUUGUAACUUCUACUUUGAGCUGAAUAAGAAUUUCUCCUAUUUGAAGAAAAGCCAUUUGACCGAUUUUGAAUUCAAGGGGAUGUGCCAUGUGACCAAGUCUAUCAUCCAGAAGUACUUUAGCAUGGCUGCCGACUUGUCCACCUUGACUGUGCACCACAUAGGCAUAUGCGAGUUGCUAUGCAUUAGUGCGUCUCUCCUUUUUAGGAAGAAGGAAUGCCUCAUUGAGCACGUCGUUUUGGGACUGUUUUUAUACGACAAAUUCGUAUCUUCCACAAAAAAUAAGUUAACUCAAUUUGACAAGAACAUACUGGAUAGCGUGAUGAAUUCGCGCGAGGAGGAGAGCUCCUCCUUUCAAAAAUUAAUGAAUUAUUUUUCCUCCUAUUUGGGUGCAACGAUGAGUAUGCCGUGA